ACGUACAAUAAAUUACAGUGUGUGUUAUAGUGUUGGAUCAUUCUGAUGGCUUCUGGAUCUUUGGCUUUCGUGGCGCGGCGAAGCGAGCCGGAGCUCGUCGCGCCGUCGAAGCCGACGCCCCGCGAGCGGAAGCCGCUCUCCGACAUCGACGACCAGGAGAGCCUCCGGUUCUACCGAUCCGUCAUAUACUUCUUCCGCCGCGGUCCUGCCGGCGCCGAUAGUAGUAGUUCUAAGGACCCCGUCGGCGUUUUGAAGCGUGCUCUCGCCGAUGUGCUGGUGUUUUACUACCCGAUCGCGGGCCGGAUUCGCGAGGAGGCCGGGCGGAAGCUCGUGGUGGAUUGCACCGGCGAGGGGGUCGUGUUCGUCGGGGCCGACGCCGACGUCCGGCUCGAUGAUUUCGGUUCCACAUUGACCCCGCCUAUCCCGUGCACCGGCGAGCUUCUUUGCCUGCCGGAGAGCUCCUCGGCCACCGUAGUUGACCGGCCGUUGCUCUAUAUUCAGGUGACGCGGCUGGCGUGCGGAGGAUUCGUCUUCGGCCUCCAGAUCUGCCACUGCCUGGCCGACGCGCCGGGCGUGGGGCAGUUCAUGACGGCCGUCGGCGAGCUGGUGCGCGGCGCGGCCGCCCCUUCCGUGCGGCCCGUGUGGGCCAGGGAGCUCCUCGCCGCACGGUCCCCGCUGCGCCCCGCCUACGAGCACCCGGAGUACGAGGCGGUGGCCGACCCUGGCAAGGACCGCAUAUUCCCCGGCGACGUAAUGCUGCACCGCCCCUUCUUCUUCUGCCCUGCGGCUAUCGCCGCCUUGCGAAAGGCGGCCCCGCCGCAACUACGGAACAGAUGCUCGCGCUUCGAGCUGGUUGCCGCGUUCGUGUGGCGGUGCCGCACCGCGGCACUGGUGUACGACCCCUCCGACGAGGUCCGGUUCCUGUGCGUUGUGAACGCACGCGGGAAGCUACGUCCCCCGCUCCCCGAGGGGUUCUACGGCAACGCACUAACUUUCGGCACUGCAGUGACCACAGCCGGGGAGCUUUGCGAGAGGCCGUACGGGCACGCGCUAGAGCUGGUUCGAAAGGCAAAGGAGAGGGUGAUGACUGACGACUACCUGCAGUCUGCGGCGGACGUGCUGGUGGCGAAGGGCAGGCCGCGGUUCACGACCGCGCGGACGUACCUGGUGACCGACCUGACCAAGGCGCGGCUGCACGACAUCGACCUCGGGUGGGGGACGGCGGUCUACGGCGCACCGGCCACCACGACACUGGCCACGUUUCACAUGCCGACGACGAACGCCGAGGGCGAGGAAGGGAUCACCGUGCCUAUCUGCUUGCCGGUGCAAGCCAUGGAGAGGUUCAUUACAGAAAUGGAGUGGCUCGAAAAGACUACUUUCAGUGGAGGAGUGUCGGAGCGGAGCUUGGGAUUAGGGAUAAGCUCAAGAUUAUAAAAUUAACAACAACAUAAAUAAACUGGACACAUUAAUUAAUUAAUAAUAAAGAAUAAA